AUGGGAAAUUUACGAGAGCUGAAGGUGUUGGGUCUGGGGUACAAUAACUUCAAUGGAUUAAUUCCAUCAGAGCUAAUAAACAUUUUAUCCCUGGAAUUUAUCUUUCUUAAAAGAAACAUACUUUAUGGGGAUUUACCUCUUGAACUAAAUGAGCUCAUCAGUCUGUGUGAGUCUCAGGUUCGCCACGGCAGGACUUUCUCAAAUAGGAUGCCCGCUGCAAGGUUGUGGAAAAACGGAUGUAGCAUUCCUUCUACAAGUUGUCAUGAGCUGGGACAUAGAAGAAGAGAGCCGACAAGAAGUUGCACAUCGGUUCGCUCUGGUGUCGCUGCCAAUGGCGUUGCGCAAAGUGCAGAUUGCAGGCUAGAUGCGUACGAGUCCGUCCCUACGUCCACGAUGUCGAAGCAUAGGAAAUCAAGUCAAUUAGAUAGUAUAUCUGGUUAUGAAAGUUGUCUUUUGUGUACGCAGUUUUGCCAUUAUUUUGUAAAAGCUUUGAGUUUUUGA